CGUUACGUAGCUACGUGGAUGAACGUCAACAUGGCUGAAUCCAUGAGUUGAUGUGGCACAACAAAGCGCAGCAUUGACACUGAACUUCAGCUGGAUUAGUUGUAUUUAUUUAAACGCAUUGAGUAAUACAAAUCAGGUCGCCAUGUAUCUCCAAAGGCUUUGCUUAUGUUCUCAGCUCUUAACAAGACAAAAUGCUUUUCAAAUCUCCAGAAGAGCUGCUUCACAAGGGAAGAUGCCACUGGCACGGGCACACGGUAAGUCGUUUGCCCACCGCAGUGAGCUACGCCAGGCCAAGAGAAUUCUCGUCAAACUCGGCAGUGCUGUUGUAACGCGAGGCGAUGAGUGUGGCCUUGCUUUAGGCCGGCUUGCCUCGAUCGUGGAACAGGUGGCGAUGCUGCAGAAUCAGGGUAGAGAGAUGAUGAUCGUGACCAGUGGUGCUGUAGCGUUUGGAAAACAGAGACUGAGGCAUGAAAUUCUCCUCUCGCAGAGCGUCAGACAAGCCUUACAUUCAGGCCAGAAUCAACUCAAAGACAUGACAUUACCGGUUCUGGAGGCGAGAGCUUGUGCUGCGGCUGGACAGAGCGGUCUGAUGGCUCUGUAUGAAGCUAUGUUCACUCAGUACAGCACCUGUACAGCACAGAUCCUUGUGACAAACUUGGACUUCCACGAUGACCAGAAGAGACGGAACUUGAACAGCACUCUCCACGAGCUCCUGCGGAUGAACAUCGUGCCCAUCAUCAACACAAAUGAUGCCGUGGUGGCUCCCCCAGAACCCAACAGUGACCUUCAGGGGGUAAAUGUUAUCAGUAUCAAGGACAACGAUAGCCUUGCGGCACGACUUGCUGUGGAGAUGAGGGCGGAUCUUCUCAUCGCUCUCUCUGAUGUACAGGGGCUUUACGACAGCCCACCAGGGUCAGACGACGCCAAGCUCUUGGACACAUUUUACCCUGGGGACCAGCAUUCCAUAACCUAUGGCACAAAGUCCAGAGUUGGGAUUGGAGGAAUGGAAGCUAAGGUGAAAGCAGCUCUCUGGGCCCUUCAGGGUGGGACAUCCGUGGUCAUUGCCAAUGGUACAGAUCCGAAGGUCACAGGUCAUGUGAUCACUGACAUAGUCGAGGGCAAGAAACUGGGAACCUUCUUCUCUGAGGUCAAGCCAGCUGGCCCCACAGUUGAGCAGCAGACGGAAAUGGCCCGCACAGCUGGCAGAACCCUUGCUUCCUUGGAGCCGGAGCAGAGGAGUGACAUCAUCUGCAUGUUGGCCGACCUCCUGACUGAGAGGAAAGAGGACAUUUUAGCCGCCAACAAAAAGGACAUGGAGAUAUCUGUAAACACGGGUCGUCUCUCUACGGCCAUGCUGAAGCGGCUAAGUUUGUCAUCAUCCAAGCUUAACAGUCUUUCUAUCGGUCUCCGUCAAAUUGCUGUGUCAUCUCAGGACAGCGUGGGCAGGGUUCUGCGCAGGACCCGUGUGGCAAACAAUCUGGAGCUGGAGCAGAUCACGGUGCCCAUUGGAGUACUUCUUGUCAUCUUUGAGUCCCGACCAGACUGCCUCCCUCAGGUUUCUGCUCUAGCUAUUGCAAGUGGCAAUGCACUUUUGCUGAAAGGUGGCAAAGAGGCUGCCAACACAAAUCGCAUUUUGCAUGAGCUCUGCCAGGAGGCCCUAUCUAUACAUGGAGUCAAAGAUGCCAUCCAGCUGGUAAGCACACGUGAAGAGGUGGAGGAUCUGUGUCGUCUGGAGAAAAUGAUCGAUCUCAUCAUUCCCCGUGGCUCUUCUCAGCUGGUCAGAGAUAUUCAGAGAGCAGCUAAGGGCAUACCUGUUCUUGGUCACAGUGAGGGCAUCUGCCAUGUUUAUGUGGACCAUGAGGCCAGUAUUGACAAAGCACUCAAAAUCAUUCGAGAUUCCAAAUGUGACUACCCUGCAGCUUGUAACGCUAUGGAAACUCUGCUGGUACAUCGGGAUCUUCUCAGAACUCAACUGUUUGAUCAGAUUAUCGACAUGCUGAGAAUAGAACAAGUAAAAAUCCACGCUGGCCCCAAAUUUGCAUCCUACCUGACCUUCAGUCCAUCAGAGGUGAAGUCUCUACGCACCGAGUACGGAGAUCUGGAGUGUUGUAUUGAAGUGGUAGACAGUAUGCAGGAGGCCAUUGAUCACAUUCAUAAAUAUGGCAGCUCACACACAGAUGUUAUAGUCACAGAGAAUGAGGACACAGCAGAGCAGUUCUUGCAACAGUUAGACAGCGCCUGUGUGUUUUGGAACGCCAGCACGAGAUUUUCAGACGGAUACCGGUUUGGACUCGGUGCGGAGGUUGGCAUCAGCACUGCCCGUAUUCACGCCCGUGGACCCGUGGGCUUAGAAGGGCUUCUUACCACCAAGUGGGUCUUAAGGGGAGAAGGCCAAACGGCUGCGGAUUUCUCAGAGCAUGGCAGUAUGAAAUUCCUUCACGAGAAUCUCCCAGUCGCGCACGUUCUUCCCGGACGUAGAACCACCAGCUAAAAGCAUCCGGAGUUAAAAAGCUUUUUACGGCUCUCUCGUUUCCGCCAAAUAAAUCUCCUUUAAGUGACUGCUUACCCACCUAAAGCAACAUUUUAAAGGGUUUCAUCAAGAAGUGUGUUUGGAGAAAGCGAACCUAACAUGGACCGAAAGCAAUUCAGUGAACCCAUUAUAUACAAGAGCGAAUUUCUAUUGUUUGUAUCGCACAGUCUCUCUCAAGGGCCUAAGUGCUUUUGACAUACCCUUGAUUUCAAUUUUCAGUUAUUUAAGUGUAUUUUUUUUUCUCAGAACAAACUGGGUUAGCCAUGUAGCUAUAUGUACGGUUAAUGACACCUCCACCUGUGUAUGAAAGGUCAUGCAAUGGAGAAGUUGAGUUGUUUAUUAAACAAUGGGUUUACCUAUUGUACUUUCAGGGGUUAUUUCUGCAUUUCUCUGGGUAGUGAAACAUAAGGCCAAUCAUAAUGGUUUUUUUUGCACAAUUUUGAUUUAUUGACAAGAUGUACAGUAACAACUCCUGAUAUUCCCAACAGAAUGGUGUAUUUAAUAUAUUAGUAUGUGGAUUUAUUAAUCCACAUAUUAAUAUAAUCAUGUAAAAACAAUCCAAAUUGAAUUUUAGGAUGAAUUUUCUGUGACACAUGCUUGAAAUAUUUUAUUGGAAAAAGGAAAACCAUUACAGCAGUGGAUAUUAGUAUUUUUUUUUCUUUGCAUUACUUUACAUGUUUGUUUUCUGUUGACCUCUAUUAUGCUUUCAUGCAUUGAUCAUGCAUAACUGUAGAGAUUUACCUGUUAUUGUUGUUAAAUUGACUCCCUCUUUACCACUGUUGUGGGCCUUGUUUUUGUUGUAAAAGUGCUGUAAUGCAAAAUAGUCACAAUUGUGGUGUAAAUGUUCAUAUAGUUUGUUAAAUAAAUUUUUUGUACUUUUAAGAA